UAAAUUAUUGCUUCUAAAACAUUUUGUUAGUUGCACUCGUAGAUUCAAACUCAAAAGUUAUUAUACACUUUGUAGUAUAUAAUAAAUUAGCUUUUCGAGUGUCAAAACCACUGUCGACACUCGUAGUUAUCCUAAAUCACUUUGAUAGGUCAUCAGAUCUUUUCUCCUUACAAAAUGGGAAGCUCAUACUCAAGGUCCUAUUCACCAAAUUGUGGACCAGCAAAAAAUGAAUCUGAAAACCGUGGCACAAUAUCACGUACUGAUUCUACAUGCCAAUAUGUGGAGUCUGUGGUAUGUAAAGUGAAUGACCUUCAAGAAAAUGAGAUGAAGGUGUUUGAUGUAGGCGAAGAAGGGAAAGUGCUAGUCAUCAAACAGAAGGGAGAAUUUAGUGCUGUAGGUACAAAGUGUACCCAUUAUGGAGCCCCAUUGGUGUCUGGAGCCUUGGGAGAUGGCAGAAUAAGAUGCCCCUGGCAUGGAGCCUGCUUCAAUUUAAAAACAGGAGAUAUUGAAGACUUUCCUGGUUUUGAUUCCCUACCAUGCUAUCAAGUCACUGUCUCUGAAAAGGGUGAAGUAAAGGUUAAAGCUAAACUUAGUGACCUGAAGUCUAACAAACGAAUAAAAGAUAUGGGAAUGUCGUCAUCUCUUGAUGAGUCAUCUGUCGUGAUCGUUGGCGGCGGGCCGUCCGGCGCAACUUGCGCUGAAACAUUACGGAGCGAAGGUUUUACAGGCCGUAUUACUGUAGUCGCUAAAGAGAACUACUUACCAUACGAUAGAAUAAAGGUGUCCAAGAUCGGCACAGCGACAGACAUAGAGAAACUGCAAGCUAGAUCUCAGCAAUAUUAUCAAGAUGCAAAUAUACAAAUUUUGAAUGGUGUCGAAGUGACAAAAGUUAAUGCAGAUAACAAAUCUGUCGAAUUAAGCAAUGGCUCUAAACUAUCAUACAGCUCCUUAUAUCUUGCUACUGGCUCGAAACCUCGUGUUCCUGAUAUACCAGGCAUAGACUUGAAAAAUAUAUUUACAGUUAGAGACUUCGAUGACUCUAUGAACAUACUCAAAACAUUGGGCAAAGAAAAAGAUAAAGAUGUUGUUGUCUUGGGUUUAAGUUUUAUUGGUUUGGAAACUGCAUCGUCGUGCGUCUCGAAAGCCAAGUCGAUGACUGUUGUGGGGAAAGAUGUUGCGCCGCUGGGACACAUAUUCGGAAAAGAAAUAGGCCAGAGCCUUCAAAAAUUAUUUCAGGACAAUGGAGUGUCAUUCUAUUUUGAAACCACAAUUGCCAAAUGCAAUGGUGAGAAUGGUGUCAUUCAAUCAGUACAAUUAACCAAUGGCACGACACUUCCCGCUGAUAUGUUAAUUUUGGGUGUGGGAACCACAUUUUACACUGAAUUUCUCAAAGAUAGCGGCAUUGCCAUGAAACCGAAUGGUGCGGUUACCGUCAAUGAUAAGCUGGAAACAAACAUCAAAAACGUGUACGCCGGCGGCGAUAUAGCUUUUGCUCCAGUUUUCGCCCUUGAUAAUGAACCAAUGUCUAUUGGACACAUAGGCUUAGCACAAUAUCAUGGGCAAAUUGCAGCUAAGAAUAUUUUAAAGAAAGAAACAGCCCUUAGAACUGUACCGUUUUUCUGGACGAUGGUAUUUGGGAAGUCUAUCCGCUAUGCUGGAUGUGGUAAACCAGCAAGUUUCCAAAUUGAAGGAGAUAUCUCAUCAUUAAAGUUUGUCAUAUUUUUCUUCAAUGAGUCGGAGAAAGUGAUUUCUGUAGCAUCAUGUAUGAGAGAUCCUGUUGUAUCACAAUUUGCAGAACUACUUUAUCAGGGGAAAACACUUUACAAAAAGGAUCUGAAAGAUGAUCCUUUUGCUUGGAUAAAAAAUAUAAAUUAGUUACCAAAUCACAAAUGCCUACAAAAUCACAAAGCAUAAUAUAUUAUUAUACCAGUAUUAAUGUAAUCUCUAUAUUUUCAUUAAAUGCAAAUAUGCAAAUAAAUAUAUAAAAUCUUAUUUAAGCUAUAAGAUGUAUGUAUGUAUGUGCUGCAAACUUUGCUGUGUAACAUAGUAAUAAGUACUUAAAAGAAAAAUAUUAUUAUGCAUUGGCACUAUAAUUUAGAGAUACCUAGUCCUCUUGAAAUAAUUUUAAGUUAAUUUCUUUAUCGCUUGUAAACUCUGACCCAUACAAAUAGGUCACAUAACCAGAUCCUAAAUUAUUUUAAAAGUUGUAGAAAUACAGCAAAUGUAAGAUCAUAGAAUUUAAUCAUACGAAUGAAGGGAAAAAUAUAAUAUGAUUUAAGAUAAAAAAAAAAUUGUGAAAAUUGCAAUCAAUUUUCUUUACAGAUUUAUUUUUUUUGAUGUUUACUGAUUUAUUUACUUUGAUUAUUAUUAAGACCGAUUUUCAAUCGCCAAAUAAUCAAUAGAAAUAAUUCUGAAAUUUUGUCAUUUUUUGUAUCAGCAUCAGACAGUAUCAGGUUUGUAUUUUACAAAUCAGCCAAAAUUAUUGGAUUAAGUUUACUUAAAAUUGGAAAUGUGGUGUGGAAUAUAAAACUUUGCAAGGGUCAUUCCAAAUGAAAUGUUGAGCUUGGAAAACUUUCUGUGACUGUUAGUACAAACUACAAAUAUAUUAGAACCAAUGAACCUGUUCAGUUCAAAAACUAUAUUACCUACAGGAAAGAAUAUUUUCUACAUAAUAUUGUAAUACUUGUUGGUUCCUGGAAUCAAGCAUACAGGCAGACCAGCAUUUUAUAAAACAUGCCAAUAGCAUUUGUAUGCAAACUAUGGCUUUUUGAACUAUAUUGGCACUAACAAUUAAACUAAUUAGCCACAAUUUU